AUGCCAGCCUCGAUAGCAUCCCAAGGAACAAACGGUGCUGGCGGGUCGUAUUUUCCUCCUCAAGCAUUUCGGUACGAACGUGGAGGCACACCUGUCUUGUCCAGCAGCUCUGAGAGCGACGAUGACGAUACGAUGACGUCUCCUUCGAAAGGCAAGGCCUUACCAUCUCCCCUGGAUGCUGAAUCUUACAUCAAUUCCCUGCACUCUCUGAAAUCCUCACGGGCCGGGUCCGUCUACUCAUUGUCGCGCAUUUCUCUGUCAAGCCAACUCUCGCAGCUUACUUCUCUCGCUCUCCCUGAUCCUUCCUCUCUCGGCCCCGGCAUAUCAGCAAUCCCCACCGCCGUUGCUGCUGCAACUACGCUCAAUAAUGCUGCAGAGCAAAUUAAGAGAUGGUUACAGAAAGCGUCAGAGGUUUUGAAUGGUCUAGAUGCUGAAGAUGAUGUUGAAUGGGCGGCAGCUGGCGGUCGAGAAGGCUUGAGCGACGUAGACGAAGCAAUCAGCCGAUUUGAAGGAUUGAUCAGGGUGUAUGUGACCGCUAUUGAGGAACUACAAGAACGAGAGGAUGUUUCCAAGGUUUCACCUGAACAGCUCAAAGAACAAGUGGAUCAGAUGGAAGAUAUACUUCGGGAAUGGGAGGGUGUGAAAAGAUCACUGAAGGAAAUCAAAUCUCAGGUAGAGUUGGCUAUGGAAUGGGAGGAGCUGUGGAACAAUGUCUUGGGCGACAUUGGCCUUGAGUUGGAAAGCUUGUCAAGGCUGGUAUUCGAGAUGGAAGAGGCACGGCAUAGGGCAGUCGAAACAGGUUUGGAUACGAGUGGUGGCGUUGACAUGCAAGAGUUGGAUACAAUUGUCGAAGAGACACCCUUGAAAGCCGGCAAGCCUCUUGCUACAAGAGUUGACCUUUCGCCAGCGAAUGACACAGGCUCACCGCUCUCUCCCAGUUCCGGGAUUCCCCAAGAUGAUUCUAGACUGCUAUCACUUUUCGCGAAAAUGCAGCCUCUCAGAGCGUCUCUAGACUUCUUGCCAAUGACACUGUCAAGCUUUCGGCUCCGAGCCGAGAAGUGCCUGCCAAGUGCUUGUCAAGAGCUCGAUUCUCAGAAGAGAAGUCUUGAGAGAAAAUGGUCAGUCUUGGAGAAUGAUGCGCAAGGACUGCGCCGGGAACUUGGUGAAGACCGUUGGGUCCUGGUCUUCAGGAACGCUGGGCGACAGGCGCAGAAACUCUGCGAGUCUGUAGAAAGAAGUAUGGGCAAAUUACAAGAUGCUGUUGAUAAGGUAGAAGCCUAUGAGGCAAAGAAGAGUCACUACGGGCCAGCGAUUAAGAAAGUCCUGACCAUCAUUGACAAGGGCGUUACAGAUCGUCAGACAGUCAACGGAGAGAUUCUAAGGGUCCAUACAGAGUCAAAGACUAGGUGGCAGGAGAUCGAAAAGGAAAUGAAAAACUUGGACUCGGCCUUAGAAGAUCUCAACAUGAAUAAGAACCAACAGCUUCGAGAUUCCAUUUCGAGUAUUGUGUCGAUCGAUCGAUCUGCUACAGAAAGCAUCGCCGAUACCCCUGGCUCGUCACCAGCAUCUUCUGUAGUAAUGGGCCCUUCAGUUUGCUUAAAGGCAGAUGCUUCGCCAACGCUAAAUAAUUCGAGCCGUCGAAGUAGUACGGCACUGGGUCAGGGCAUUCGUCCUAAUGGCUCUCGACGUUAUUUCAGCACGCCUGGAUCUGCGCCCGCUACAAACCUCCCGCGUAAGAACCCAGUCUCUCGAUCUUUCACCAACGACGUCUCUCGUACCGCUUCCCCGGCGCCUGCCAAAUUCUCCGUAACUCCAACACCUGGCAACCGACCAGUACGGCCGAACAUACGGACAGACAAUAAGCCCCGUUGGAAUUCAUCUUCAAGAGUCGACCACGCCGAGUUUUCGACAAAACCCCGGCCUUAUCCCUUUGCGACUCCACCACUUCACCGGAAAGGCUCGAAGACUUUCAACUCGCCGCACUCUCCAUCAGGCAUACCUUUGCCUAGCCCUGUCUGCGACUCCAACCACGCACAAGACCCCUCCCUCGAGUUCGCACUCGUCCAAGAAGAGUUUUAG